UGUUCUUUGUGGGUUCGGAGACUUGGGGGCCGCCGGCCUGUUGCUAGCGCUGUGCGCUAGCCCGUGACAUUGUUGGAAGUGUCCCUCCGCGAGGGGCUGUGGGGCCUGGAGCUAGGAGAUCGAGUUGCAGUGUCCCCGUGAGGCUCUCUUUUGAAUCCCUGCUAGCUCCGGGCCGCGGAGGCGCACUGGGUACCGAGGUAGCAGGUCGCCUGGGCAUCACUGCGCGGAGUGGGAAUGCCCGAUGUCACCUAGCUUGCUCCCUGCUCUCUGAGCCGUAAGGGAGGACCGCAGGGCUGCGGCUGCAGGACAGACAUUUGGACCUAGUGAAAGGACGUCGCCGCUUAGCCCCAGCUAUGGACUCCACAGCAUCAGUUCUCCCUUCUCAGGACCCUGCUCUUUCUCCAGAGGGAUACCCAGGAGAAAAGGGAACAGCCAGUUUAUUCCUGAAAGCCAGGCCCCAGGAUCUGAUGACAUUCAAGGAUGUGGCUGUGGAAUUCACCCAGUGGGAAUGGGGGCAGCUGGAUCCUGCUCAGAAGGACCUGUACAGGGAAGUGAUGCUGGAGAACUUCAAGAACUUGGCCUCUCUGGGGCUUCCAGUAUCUAAACCAUAUGUGAUCUGCCAGUUGGAGGAAGGGGGAGAGCCCUGUGUGGUAGAGGGAGAAAUCUCAACAGACUGGGAGAAAAGGCCUAAAGCCAAGGAAUCAAGACUAAAUCAGGAUAUUUCCAAAGAGGAAUUAUUCCCCAUAGCAUCAGUAGAAAAACACAUCAGAGAUGAACUCUCCUUCUGCAAACUGAAAGCAAUUUGUGGUUGUGAUGACCAGUUAGAGAUACAUCCAAAAAAACUGGAGGGACAUCCGAAAGAAAUGUCAGUCACUCACAAAUCUACUACCACCCUUAGGAUAGAUCGUGAAUGGAGUGAUUUUGGGAGAAGUUUAGACUUAAGAUCAGUCCUUUUUAACCAACACAAUGUUCCCAUAGGAGAAGGAUCUUAUAAAUCGGACACAGAAUUCAGACAGACUUCAGGAAGAAGUAACUCCCGGAGAACCCAUCCAGGGAAGAAGCCUUGUAAAUGUAAUGAAUGUGGGAAGUCUUUCCAUUUCCAGUCAGAACUUAGGCGCCAUCAGAGAUGUCACACUGGAGAAAAGCCCUAUGAAUGCAGUGAAUGUGGGAGAGCCUUUGGUCAUAUUUCAUCGCUUAUUAAACAUCAGAGAACUCAUACUGGAGAAAAGCCCUAUGAAUGCAGCGAGUGUGGGAGAGCCUUCAGCCAGAGUUCAUCUCUUGUUCUACAUUAUAGAUUUCAUACUGGAGAGAAACCUUACAAAUGUAAUGAAUGUGGAAGAGCCUUUGGUCAUACUUCAUCCCUUAUUAAACAUCAGAGAACUCAUACUGGAGAAAAGCCCUAUGAAUGCAGGGAAUGUGGGAGAACCUUCAGCCAGAGUUCAUCUCUCAUUGUACAUUAUAGAUUUCAUACUGGAGAGAAACCUUACAAAUGUAAUAAAUGCGGGAGAGCCUUCAGCCAGAGUUCAUCUCUCACUCAACAUUAUAGAUUUCAUACUGGAGAGAAACCCUACAAAUGUAAUGAAUGUGGGAGAGCCUUUGCUCAUACCGCAUCCCUUAUUAAACAUCAGAAAAGUCAUGCUGGAAAAAAGGCUGUAUGAAUUCAGUGAACGUAGGAAGGCUUUCAGCUGGAGUACACACAUGAUUCGCAUUACACACAUUGGCGAGUGCUCCUGUAAGUGUAAUGUAUGUGCGACGACUUGGUUGGAAGACAUCUUAUUUAACAUCAGACAGUACACGCUAAAGAGACGCU